AUGAAUGUCAUAGACUUGAGUGAUUCAGCCAUCAAUGUGGACUAUGAUAGUUUGAUUUGCAUUGAUGAAGAAGAAUCACAAGAAGUUUUCGAAAAUGAAGUGAAGGAAGAUGAACAACAGGAAGAGCGGAAACAAGCGUCUCCAAGAAAUGAUGAGCUUAUCGUAGAACCAAGCCGUGAUGUUGAGAGUUUGAGAAGAGCUAUAAAAGAUCAGUUGCUCCUCAAGGUACAUAGGCAGAGCCAACUAGAUAUUAGUGAUGUAAAGAAGGUGAGUAGCGAUGAAGAGGAUGAAAACCGGCAACAGAAACUAGAAAGAAUAAGACAGGAAUUAGAGAAAUUGAGAGUGGAAGAAUUAACUCCUGAAACACAAACCGAAAUCAAAGAACUGUGCGAGCUUCAGUCAAAGUUGGCGAUAAAGUCAUCCAUUAGACUCGGUAACUUGAGAAAGAAGCUCAUUGGAAAGAACAAAGGCCAAGAUGCCGUGAUAUUGCCAAAUAUAACUCUAGAUACAGCGACCAUGAUAAGGUUACAAAAACUAGAUCAGAGAAUGUCUGAAAUGGAACAUUACGUUGGCGCUCCAGAUGCUCUGGAGAACGAAGAAGAUAGGAAAUCGAUUAAUAGCAAAGUGAAUGAGCUAUAUAGGAACAUUCAACUUUUACAAGACGAUGGUAAGGAAGGGGGGAAGUUGCAAAAAUUCAGAGAUAGGUUGGUGGAACUGAACGAAGAUUUUGAAAACUCACUGUUAGGUAAAAAAAUGCAACGAGACCUGAGAUUGAGAGAUGAAACCGUGAAAAAGGUUAUCAAGCCCGAGAGUAAGAUAAAAGAAAUAAAUAGCAUAUAUGCUAUGCUCAAACAGUAUCAAGAUUCGCUGCCGUUGUUGGCUGAGCGGAUGAAAAGUCUAAAUAAAAUGAACAACAGAGUGGUAGAAGUCUACGAAGCUACAAAAUUGUUGGAUUCACAAAUAACAAACGUCCGAGAACAAGAACGAUUAUGGAUAAAAACUUUGAACGACUUGGAUAAGAAAUUUGAUGAACAAGAGGUAAAAAUUCGUCAAAACAUGGAUGAGAUUAGACGCAAAAUCGACUCUCUCGAAGACAAAGCUUUACAGAGAAGUAGCAAACAAGAGAUGGAGAAAUAG